AUGUGGAAGUUUGCAUGCCGCACUUCCACUUUGUUGAGGGGGGUUGUGCUUGCUGUGACCUUUGUGUCGUUUUUUCCGGUGCUGGCCGGACUUCUGAAAGCUUCUGCUCAUGUGCCCCACCACAAGGCUGCAGGCCGAGCCGAGGCUGCAAAGUAUCGCGGCGUGUGCUAUUUCAAGCAAGAUCGUGUCUUUGGAGCAUGGCUACGAGUUGAGGCCCGGCCAGGAUACAUCGGCCGCUUCAAAAAUGCCAAGCAGGCGGCGGAGGCCUACGAUCGAGAGGUGAGGCGCAUGUAUCCAGAUGACACUCCACAUCACAAGUUCCGGCGCAAGAGCUGGCUAAACUUUCCCUCGGAGGAGGAAGCUGCCUACGUAGAAUCACCUGAGCAGUCACGCAAGCGGGGUCUUAAACGAAGCAGCUCUAAUCGCUGCAAGGAGGCCAGGUCCUUCGAGCUGUUGAGGGAAGCAUUCUACGCAUCGCCAUAUUCAGAAAACUACGAGCUCGUGCGCUUGACGGGGUCUUCCAAAGCAGAUGCUUUGUUCAAGCUGCGCGGCUCGUCACAAGCUGGUUUGCCGAUUCAGCUCAAGGCAGCAACAAGCCGCUGGAAGCAAGGCAGGUUCUACGUUUUUCAACACUUACUAGGAUACGAUGGCAUGCUGGUUUUUCUUGUGGCUCUGGACGGUGGCCACAUCUGGGCGACCGCCGGCGCUGAGCUCAAGGUUGAUAAACUCGGCAUAACUAUCGGGUGCGCAAGUGACACUGCUCGACGGGUCGAAGACGCAGGGGCGCUUUCGGUUGCUUGCUUCAAGAACAGAAAGAAGUUUCCCCACAUAUCAGUUGAAGCGGCAGAGCGCCAGUGCUCCCCUGGGAACAGGCUUGAGGUGGCUGUGCAUCGGCAGCUCAGGCAUAUGUUUACCUGCAUGAACUGGAGCUUGACUUGUCCCCUUGAACAUCAGACAACAGUCGACUCUCUGCUGGAGGUUCGCAUCGGGCACCCGCUAGUGCGCUUGCAAGAGAAGGCAUCGCACUUGCAUGAGCGCUCGGGCAGGUAUGACGUACAAAUGUCCAAGUACGGGGGUUCGCUUGGACGACUUUCAUAUGCAAAGGACGACUUUGACUUGCUGGUCCCUGUUCCGACGUCGCCGGUGCAGUCACCAGCUGACGACGAUGAGCACAGGCCACCCGUGGUGCCGGUGUCUUCGGGCCACAUAUCCAGCGGGAUGCUGUCAGCGCACUCAGACAGCGCCGACGAGCCAACGGAGUCCCCGAGUGAGGAGGUGCCUGCGCCGACAGAGGUGCACGAGGGGCCGGGUGAAGAGCCACCGAGUUUUGAGGAGGUGGAGUUCUUGCUCGAUGAGGCAGCCUUGAGGGGCUCCGCAUCGGCGUCGUCGGGCAUUGGCCCCGUGAACCCACCGACAUCGCCGGUGACCUCCCCGGCAGAAGAGAUGGAGUUUGUGGAUGAGGGCUCGGCCGCCACGGGCCUGCCUUCGGGAAGCCUCUUUGACUCGGCGAAGCUGCGUGAGUCCGUGCCCGUACACACUUCCUCGGUCUACGUGACCUCGCCCACGGAAAUCGUGCCGACGGAUUUGCCAGCACCCACCUCGCCGGUGACGUCGCCGGCAGACGAGGUGGAGACGCAGACGAUCCGUGAAGCGCUGCUGCCGCAGCUUCAGCAGGAGGUGCACACAGAGAUGCCCGUUCCGACGGAGAUGCCCUCCCCCAGCGCAGCUUACGACGAGGAUGAGGAGGAAGCAGAGUCCAAGCCCUAA